AUCGUACGGUUGAAUCUCGCUUCAUGCAAGAUAUUUUAAAACCUAAAAAAACAACUACUACUGGAAAACACACGACACAGAGGCUUAGUUCAUUAAAUUCUCACAAGAACAAAGAUAAGAAUUCUAACAAAAUUCUUGGGAUUGAAACUGGUUCUUCUAAUACAUAUGGUAAAUUUGGACAAACGACACAAUCGAUCAUAACUCAUAUCAGUCAACUAUCAUCGAUUAGCUUAGACGAUGAGUUAACAAUGUUAAAUGCUAGAAUGACACAAUGGUGCUUCUUGAAUGCUAAAGCCGAUCACGCGUUUGAGUGUCAAAAACGAUUUGCGGAG